AGCCCUUAGCGCCUGGCAUAUAGGCAGCUUCUUGAUGGACUCAAUCAUCUCUCAAGUUCGCCUUCCUAGAGUCAGCCUGGUACGACGGCGCUCUACGGUCUGUGGUAAAACCUCCAUGAGAUGAAUCUCAAUGAUUCGCAUCAGUUCUCCCUCGCAGCAGCUCCUUUCGAUAGAAGAGACGCCGACAUCGUCCUCCGUACGCCUGACAAUGUCGACUUUCAUCUCCACAAGGCAAUCCUCUGCAUCGCCUCGAAUUUCUUCGAUGGCAUGUUCAACAUCCCGCAGCCCGACGAGUCCUGCCAGUAUGAAAUCCACCACGAAAGCGGUAUUCCCAUCGUAUGCGUCUCCGAGCGCAGCCUGACCCUGGAUAGCCUUCUUCGUUUUUGCUACCCUUCGACUGACCCGUCGUUGAAGGAUGAGGAGCUCAUGGCAGACGUAUUAGCAGCAGCGCAAAAAUACGACAUGGAGGAUGUCGAACGAAGGAUCAAGAAAUCGAUGCUCGUGUCUAUCCUAUACCCUCCAUCCAAUAUACCCCUCGCUCCGAAGAUUGUGACUGCGUACGCCGUUGCCGUACGACUCGGUCUUGAGGACGUAGCCUGCGCGGCUGCUGUUGCGUCUAUAAGCACAAUCACAUUCCCAUAUGUGCCUGCGCUGGACAAAGUCUCCUCUGGUGCGCUGCACCGGCUGUUGGAGUUCCGUCGAAGGGGACUCGCGGAAAUAGGCUCGUACUCCUUCUGUACGCCCUUGGAGCCGCCUGCAGGAGAUGAUAACCCUGACAAGCAGUCCGACAGCGGAUUAUCCGCUGAGACUAGCGCCACUGCUCCAGGGUACGAAGACGGAGGGAAAGGAGUCAUUGCUCACAACAUGUCUACGCAGUUUUGCCACGAAUCUGCUGGUGUAACAAUCCAGUCCUCAGACAACGUCAUCUUCAAAGUCUUUCGAACCAUACUCGCCCUAGGAUCCCCUGUCUUGAUACGUAAAGCGGACGAUGUCCUGGCUUCACCGGACAGCUCACAGAUCGUCUCGAUAGACGAAGAUAGUAAGACUUUGCAUAUGCUCUUGCAACUGCUAUAUCCGAUGGAAGAACCGGAAGUUCCGGACCUCUCCAGUGCAGUUGCGGUGUAUAUGGCCUCUUGCAAGUAUGAGGUUCUCGUUGCCAAGGCCUUCGCAAAGAGGCAAUUUCGGGAGCAUAUCCGCGACGAUCCCCUCCGCACAUAUUUUAUGGCAAGCAAGAUGGGUUGGGCGGAGGAGAUGAGGGAGGCUGCUCAUUUCUCGCUCUUUGUCGAGCAGGACAAGUGGGUCCCGGAGAUGGAGGACGUCCCUGCCGCAGUCUACCGACAGCUACUCGAUUACCGUCUGGACUGUCAAAGGGCGAUCUACCGGAGGAGCGCAAUCGACAUCAACGGAUGGAAAACCCAUACCAGCUUGCGGCAGCCUAUGCACUGGAGCAACUCUAAGCUGUAUGGCGCUGAUAGGUCCAGUUGGGAGGUUGAUCGGAUUCUACCCAGCAUCCAUGACAAGCUUUCUACAUCAGUAUUUCGCUCAGAAAGCGAGGCAGUCAUCGCAAUGGCGUGUGGCCACUCGAGCACAUCUGACGAUUCACGCAACAAAUUCCUUCGGACAGCGGAAGCUGUGCAGACGGAGCUGGAUGAACUGCUAAUAAAGAUACAGAUCAACUUAUAACUUGGUGGUCAGUGCACAUAUCACAGCCCGAGCUUCUUUUGGUCUCAUGAGCAUCAAAAGAUGAUCCCGAAGCUCCACCACAGGGUUGAAUCGCUACAAUGACAUUCAUACAGUUCUUCUGCCAGAUAAUCCAUCCCUCUGAUCACCUCCUACAUCCUCCUUUGACACGAGGGUGCAACGUGAAUGAGCAGUGUAUUCCACGAAUUGCACGCUAUGGCUGUAGUCUCUGACCAUGCAGCUGGCA